AUGGCUUCUGAAGAUUGGACUACUGUAUAUUCAGCACUGGAUGUGGAUGAGAAAGUAUCAGCUUAUAACUCCAUUAUAAUCAAGAUGCUUGACGAGUUCUUACCUGAAAAAACCAUCAGAGUACAUCACUCUGAUAAACCGUGGAUCACCGGUAAUAUUAAAAUGCAAAUCAAAGCUCGUCAGAAGGCCUUUUCUCGUGGUGAUCAGCCAAGAUACAAACAACUAUGCGAGAAAGUGGCAAAUCUUAUAGCUAAAGCUAAAGCCACCUACUAUCGGUCCAAGGCCUCAGAAUUUCGUACCUCGAAUCAAUCGAAGUGGUAUAACUGUAUCUACUCUUUAGUAAAUGCCGAAAACACAACCCACACCCAAUUUCCACACGGGCCCGAAAACCUAGACUUAUCCGACUUAGCUGAAAAACUUCAGAAAGCCUUCACUAAACCAUGGUCGGACCGUUACACGAAUGUCGCCUUUGAAAUACCUGAAGUGAACCACCCACAUAAGAAUAACAAACCACCCCUUCCUUCUAUUGGCCAAGUUAAAGCGGUCUUAAAACAUCUUAAUCCAAGAAAAGCAACUGGCAUCGAUAAGGUUCCUGCAUGGAUGCUCAAACAAUACCACGAAGACCUAGCUCCUGUGGUUUAUGACAUUGUGUGCUGUAGUAUAAGUCAAUGUUGUUAUCCAUCACUCUACAAACAUGCCCUAAUUUCCCCUGUUCCUAAAGUGCAACCGCCGAGAGACAUUAACAAUGAUUUCCGCCAGAUAUCAGUCUUACCCCAUCUUGCCAAGAUCCUGGAAAAGAUCCAGCUCCAGUUAAAUAUUGAAGACCUGAAAAUUAAGAAUAACCAGCACGCGUUUACUCAACAUCGAAGCACAGUCUCUGCGUUAAUAUCAACUACCCAAACCUGGUUUAAUGCCACUGAUUGUUCAAAAACAGGCAAAAUGGGGGUUCAUGCGGCCUUCAUUGACUUUCGUAAGGCCUUCGACCUUGUGGAUCACAAUAUUCUUUUGAACAAAUUAGCAGCUAUGAACAUAAAUAAACCCUUCUGGUUAUGGAUUAAAAGUUUCCUUUCCGGAAGAGUUCAACAAGUAAAUCUCAAUGGUACCUUAUCAUCCAUUGCAACAUGCCCGGCCGGAGUCCCGCAAGGCUCUGUAAUAUCUCCCAUUCUUUUUAAUACCUACAUUGAUGAUUUGGAGGACGCCUUACCAGAACAACUAAAAGUCAGUACGAAUAAGUAUGCAGAUGACUGCACACAACACCAAAUAGUGAGCGUAGAUUCUAAUAGUAAUUUACAACAAUCUAUCAAUGAAGUAAAUAACUGGGCGGUGUUAAAUAAAAUGGCAAUUAAUGCUAAAAAAACUAAGGACAUGUGGAUCUCUUUCACGGACGCUAUACCUGAACCACCACGUCUUCGUAUUGGAAAUGAGUUAAUAGAAAGGGUCAACGCUUUUAAAUUACUUGGCGUGUCGUUCCAAAAUAAUCUAAAAUGGAACGCACAUGUUGAAGAGAUUACACGUAAAGCAAAUAAACGCCUUUACCAUCUUAGAGAAUGCAGGAAAUCGCAGUUACCAGCUGAAGUCGGUAUUAUUACCUAUCAAUCCAAAAUAAGACCAAUUCUCGAGUAUGCAUCACCUGUCUGGGCGGGACUCCCUAAUUACCUGCGAGAUGAAAUAGAGCGGGUCCAAUCCAGGAGCUUAAGAAUCCUUGGCCUGGAAAAAGAUUACCUACCACCGUUGAACGAAAGAAGGGAAGAGGCAACUAGUCGAGAAGUUGAUAGGUUUAUGAACGAUCCACACCAUCCCUGUCGCAGUGUUUUGCCAAAAUUAAUUAACAAUCAGUACAAUUUAAGGAACAUUGACCGGAAUCGCAAUAUAUCAUUCUUCUCAGGAACUGAAAGGCAUAAACAUUCAUUUUCAGGUAGAGCUUGUAAAUAUGUAUAA